AUGUCACAGACAGUCGGAGCAACAAGACUCGCCUACUCCCGAGUAUGGCACCACAUCUCGGCCUCAACCCCUCACACCGGCCUCAGCACGAUCAAGUCCCCCCCCGAAGCCGUUACCCCGCCGUCGCUCGGCCGCCUCGCCUCGCGCAUCGCCUUCAUUCUCAUGGGGAAGCACAAGCCGAUCUGGGACCCGUCUACUGACUGCGGCGACUACGUGGUCGUGACGAAUUGUGCGGCGCUGUACACGACGGGCCACAAGAUGUACCGCAAGACUUAUUACCGACACAACACGCGGCCCGGGUCGCUGCGCAGUAUCACGAUGGAUGUGUUGAAGGAUAAGUUUGGUGGAUCAGAGGUGUUGCGUCGGGCGGUCAGUGGUAUGCUGCCGAAAAAUAGGUUGCGGGAUAAGCGGUUGUCACGGCUCAAGGCGUUUGAGGGCGACGCUCAUCCGUACAAGCAGAAUUUGAUCCGUUUUGGGGGGAAAGUUGUGGGGACGGAAGGGUGGGAGGAGGUUGCGAGGGCAGUGAGGGAGACAGAUGGCGCGAGGAUAUAG